AUGACCACACCGAAUGCCUUAGAAUUCGAUGUUGAUGAAAAUGUUUCGCUAAAUCUGUCUUAUGAUCCGACAUGGUUAGCAAUUCUGAGAGCAACAGACCCUCUUACAUCAGUAAACAAAAGCAAUAUCUAUAUGCCGUCACAGCAUACACGCAGUGAACGUUGGGACUUCAGACCGACUGAAGAGGAACUAACAAAAGUGGAAGAAAUAUAUGAUGGGGAUUUUACUAUUCCAAGGAAUUUUAAGAUGACAGCGUGGCCACAUAGAGCAGAUGGGAUCGAUGAUAGUUCUCAAGAAUUGUAUUACAGAAAUCCUCAGUCAACAGAAUUCUGUGCAAAACUUGGGAUUAAAGACUUAAAUGAAAUGCUUUGUUCACUUUCGAUGAAUGGACUUGGUAUCCCUUAUUACAUUAACAAGAAUAGCGAUUCUGAAAGUGUUCUGAAAAGCCGAACUUUUGAAAGAAAAGAGAUGGUACCUUCAAAUUUUACGAUUAUCCUGUCAAUUUUAUUUGCUAUAUAUAAGCAAAUCGUUGAACAAUUUACGAAUUUGCUAAAAGUUCAAGUUGGUGCUUUGUCGCGUUUUGUACACUGCCAAACAGGCAGCAUUGAAUACGCCGAACUACGACAAUGCGUUGAUCAACUAAUUCGGAGAGUAGCUGGCUUAGAUGAAGUCACUCAGAUGGAUAGUAAAAUGAAUCUCAUUGAGGAAACGCUGAAUAAUGUCUCUGAAGCUUAUGAAAAGGUAAGUAAAGUACUGAUAAGGACACAACGCGAAGUACAAGAAAAGGAAGUACAUAUGGAACAUUCAUCACCAGAUGACAUUGCCGAUGAGGUGCAAGAUUUGGAAAAUGAAUUAGAAGAGAUUCAGGCUGCUCAUGCUGAAGAAAUGGAAUCUAUGCAAUCCAAAUAUGAAUAUCAAUUAAAAUUACUUCGAGAACGCCUGGAGCAUGAAGAGCAUCGACGGAAAAAAGCGCAAGAAGAGUUACAAACACUAAAUUCCUUAAAUGAUCAUUCAUUAUCCACAAUGAAGAAAACUCAUGAGGAAAUGCUUAGCGGAACAAAGGCGACAAUACGAGGAGGAAAUUGCUGCGCUGCAUAA